AUGUUCCCAUACACUACAUCCCUCCUCCUCCUCGCCCUUUCCCUAUCCGCGGUAACAUUGCUUCAAUACCUCCGCAACCCCCUCUACCACCUCCCAGGCCCCUGGUACACGCACUUCACCUCCCUCCCCCUCAAACUCGCCACCCUCUCCGGCCGGCGCAUCUACUUCGUCCACUCCCUUCACCAGAAAUACGGCCCCUACGUCCGCAUCUCCCCCUCCGAAGUCGCCGUCAACGACGUCAAAGCUUUCAAACAAAUCCAUCGCAUCGGCUCCGGUGGGUUUGAAAAGUCAACAUGGUACCGGGAUCUCCUCGCCAUAGGUCGACCAAUCUUGUUCACGAUGGUCGGGCACAAAGACCACGGCGCGCGGAGAAGGCUGUUUGCCAAGGCGUUCAGCAAGUCGAACAUCCGGAAUAACUGGGAGGACAGCAUCAAGGAGAAGAUCGAGCUUGCCGUUCGUGGGAUGGGCGCGGAAGCGGCGAGGGAGGAGAAGGUGGAUAUGCUGCGCUGGUGGACGUUUAUGGCUUCGGAUGCUUCGGCGCAUUUGAUGUUCGGAGAAUCGUUCCACACGCUGGAGAGCGGGGAGGAGAGUGAGUAUCUGCAGCGACUGCAGACCGGUCUGGUAGGGAUGGGAUCAGGCGCUGAGUUCCCUCUGAUGCGGACGAUCGGUCGAUGGAUUCCGUUGCAGAUUUCUCAACGCCUAUUCGCCGUCAACGGAUAUCUGCUCGACUAUGCAAAUACCGCCAUGGUGAACAUGAGAUCGAAGGGCGACGGGAAGACGAUCUUCGCGACCAUCGCCGCUGAAGCCGAAAAGGGCGAAAAUCUGCGAGACAUCGACGUCCAUUGCGAAGCCACAGGUCUGAUGAUCGCCGGUACCGAUACCACUGCCAUCACAAUCACCUAUUUGAUCUGGGCCAUCUUGAAGCAGCCGGACUUGCGCCGCGAUCUCUGCGAAGAGCUUUCCGGCAUCGCUGAAGAUGCCAAGGAUUCCGACCUUGAGCACCUGCAGCUUCUCAAUGCGACGAUCGAGGAGGCGCUGCGACUGUACGGAGCGCUACCCGGUGGCCUCCCUCGUGUUGCGCCUCACGGCGGUUCCAAGAUUGGUGGCUACCAGAUUCCAGAAGGGACAACCGUGACGACCCAAACCUACAGCCUCCAUCGAGAUGCAGAGUUGUUCCCAGACCCUGAGAGGUUCGUAGUAUCUCGCUGGAUGCCCGGCAACGAGAACAGCAAGUAUCAUCUCUCCGACCUCGCCAAAGCGGCCUUCUCGCCUUGGGGCGCAGGCUCUCGAACUUGCCUUGGACUCCACAUCGCAUACACCGAGUUGCGGCUGGCCGCGUUGCUCUUCCUCCAAGCGUUCCCGGAGGCGAAGAUCGCUCCAUCAACGACUGAAAAGAGCAUGGAGAUGGAGAAUUUCUUCUUGAUCAGACCUGCCGGGCAUAAAUGUGAGGUGGAGCUGUGA